CUUCCUCCCUCCUUCACGUCCGUCACUACGUAGUGUCGCUUUUCCGGAAAAGGAAAGUGCCAGCUCCUCCACUAGAGCCACACGCGCGCCCCCUCCCACUCCGCGAGCCCCCGGGUCAGGGGAAGUUCUAGUCUGGGUUUGUUUGGGGCUGGGAGGAGAGAAGAGGAGGGCACAGGCGAAAGUUAGAGAGUCGGGAUGCCCCAUGCUGGGUUGUCCCGGGGGAGCGCAAUCAGGCUGGCCCCACCUCCUUGCCUCGGCCCCGCCCCUGCCGCCCGUGUGAUUCUUCUCCCGCUAGUCUAGUGAAAAGCCGCCUCGGGCUCGGGUGGAGUUGGCGCGAGACGGACCCGGCGCGAGCUCUAGCGGAAGGGGGCCGGGAGCCACGCGCCCUGCCUAGCGGGAGCCACGUGCCGCCGCCGGAGAGAGGGAAAUCCCCGGGAGCGAGCGAAGCGGCGAGGCCGGCGGGUUCACGCGGGGCCGCGGCCCCGGCCACGGCCACGUGCUUUUUGGCGGUGGGAUGGAGCUGGAGGAGAGCGGCAUCCGCGAGGAGUGCGGCGUGUUCGGCUGCAUCGCUUCGGGAGAGUGGCCCACGCAGCUGGAUGUGCCCCAUGUGAUCACACUAGGGCUCGUGGGGCUUCAGCACCGGGGUCAGGAGAGUGCUGGAAUUGUGACAAGUGAUGGAUAUGGUUUAAUGCCAACAAUUCGAACCCACAAGGGACUGGGUCUUGUAAAUCACGUAUUUACUGAAGAUAAUUUGAAGAAGCUGUAUGUCUCAAACCUUGGAAUUGGUCACACAAGGUACGCCACAACCGGGAACUGUGAAUUAGAGAAUUGUCAGCCCUUUGUUGUUGAAACUCUCCAUGGGAAGAUUGCAGUGGCACAUAAUGGAGAAUUAAUAAACUCUGUUCGUCUGAGGAAAAAGCUUCUGCGCCAUGGAGUUGGGUUGUCAACAGGUUCUGACAGUGAGAUGAUCACCCAGUUGCUGGCAUAUACACCUCCACAUGAAAGGGAUGACAGCCCUGACUGGGUGGCAAGAAUUAAGAAUUUAAUGAAAGAAGCCCCUACAUCAUACUCCUUACUUAUUAUGCACAGAGAUGCUAUUUAUGCAGUAAGAGAUCCCUAUGGAAAUCGCCCCCUGUGCAUUGGACGUCUUAUUCCUGUUUCUGAUAUAAAUGGAAGAGGAAGAAAUAAUUCUGCAACUGAAGGAUGGGUGGUAUCAUCUGAGUCCUGCAGUUUUUUAUCUAUUGGUGCUGUGUAUUAUCGUGAAAUUUUACCGGGAGAAAUUGUGAAAAUAUCCAGACAUAAUGUUCAGACUCUUGAUAUUGUACCAAGGUCUGGAGGAGAUCCAGUGGCUUUCUGUAUCUUUGAAUAUGUUUAUUUUGCAAGACCAGAUAGUAUAUUUGAAGGUCAGAUGGUAUACACAGUUAGACACCGAUGUGGUCAGCAACUGGCCAUUGAAGCCCCUGUGGAUGCAGAUUUGGUUAGCACUGUUCCUGAAUCGGCCACACCAGCAGCUCUUGGUUAUGCAGGAAAGUGUGGUCUUCCAUAUGUAGAAGUACUUUGUAAAAAUCGUUAUGUAGGAAGAACAUUCAUUCAACCAAAUAUGAGAUUAAGACAGCUCGGUGUGGCAAAAAAAUUUGGAGUCCUUUCUGAUAAUUUUAAAGGCAAACGGAUUGUCCUGAUAGAUGAUUCCAUCGUAAGAGGCAAUACCAUUUCACCCAUAAUUAAGUUGCUCAAAGAAUCUGGAGCAAAAGAGGUUCAUAUUCGAGUAGCUUCACCACCAAUAAGAUUCCCAUGCUACAUGGGAAUAAAUAUUCCAACAAAAGAAGAGCUUAUUGCCAAUAGGCCUGAAUUUGGUGAUCUUGCAAAAUAUAUAGGGGCUAAUAGUGUCAUAUAUCUGUCUGUGGAAGGUUUAAUAUCAUCUGUGCAAGAAGGGAUGAAAUUGAAGAAGCAAAAAAUAGAGAAGCAAGAAAAUAUAAUUCAAGAAAAUGGAAAUGGUCUGAAAUACUUUGAAAAGCAUGGGCAUUGUACAGCAUGUCUCACUGGAGACUAUCCUGUAAAAUUAGAAUGGUGAAUGUGUCAUCGAAUGGUGGGUGGAAAAAGGGGGAAAAAAAAGGUGUGAUAUAAAAUUGAACUUAAAAAAUCAAAAGUUUGAAUCAAAAGUUAUGCCUUAUGUGUUACUAAAAGUAGUUUUUAACACCUCAAAUCCUGCAACAUGCUUUUGUUUGCCUUUGUAAUCUUGUUUAUUUGGUUUUUUUAAUAAGAUGUGAAAACCAAAGUGUUUUAAUAUCUUGAAUAUCCUAGAUUUAAUACACUCAAGUAAUAUCUAGGAAUGUUGGGUAUUGCUUUCAGCUUUAUCAAAUAGUUCAGCAAAAACUCUUAGGGCACUGUUAGUGGGAUUUUACAAAUUUUGUUUGAAGCUAUCAAACAAAUAUAGGACAAAAUUUCAAGUUUGUGCUACGAGGGAAUUUCAAUUACCAUACUUGCCAAAAAAUUCUCAUAGGAUUUUACUAUUUUUAUUUAAUGAAUAAACUGAAUGCUUUCAUAAUUGAGUUUUCUUCAUAAAUCAGUGUCUUAGCAUAGCAGAAUGGGAGAGGAGGUCUUAUUUGUUACAUUGGUAUAUGUACUAUCUAUACCAGUUUCACUAUUACAAGGCAGGUGAGUUGACAAGGUGUUCAUAACUUCAAGAAUAUCCCACAAAAGAGUAGAAUGAAGAGUCCAUGGGGAUUUGUUGUAUACAGUACAGAUAUGUAGUAUGGAAACUAUAGUAGUACAAAGUAUUUGUUUAUUCAUAUCCCCAGAUUUUUCUAUCACUGAAAAAUAAAACUAUCUUCUAGACCAGGGAAUUCAUGGAGUUAAAAACAAUUUUUAAAAAAAUAACUUGUCUUUCACUUGUAAUUUGUUUCAUUAUUAAACUUAUGUAUUUUAUUUUAUUUUAUUUUUAAAUGCUUGUGGUCUCAAGGGGCUUGGGGGGAGGAAAGGAAACAAUUUCAGACUCAAAUUUUAAAAAACUGUUUAAAAAAACUGUUUACUGUGAUUGAGAAUAAAAAUUAAAUGUUUAAAAAAGUUAUUUGAGAAGGGGUUCUUAGGCUUCAUGAGACUGCCCAUGGAAUAAUAAAGAAUCCAUGGACCUAGGAUAAAAACUAGGAACCAUUCUAGUUUGUUGUGUUUUAUUUUGCAACUUAGGUUUCUUGGAUGAAACUGAACUAUUUCAUUGUUUACUGUAUCCCUGCUGGUAAUGUCACAAAAAUGAAUGUAAGUAAGGGCAUGUCUCCUGGACCUAUAGGGAAGAAGAGCAGAGCAAUUGAAAAUAAUUUUGACUUUAUUUUGGUACUCAUAUUUUUAGUAGUUGUUUGAACCUAUUUUCUGAACUGCGUCUGAGGUGCUCCAGGAAAAAAACCUCUUGAAACAUUAAGUAAAAUGCUCUGCAGGAGGGCUGUUUUUUUUUUUUACCCUUUGAUUAAAAUUUGAGCAUGACCUUUAAAAACAUAACAUUGGUUAGUCUAGUAGUUAACAUGACAUUCUCAUGUUUGCAACUGAUCAAUUAUUUUCAUAAGUUCAAAAAGGUAAACUUGUAUAGAUUGAUAGAUACAUAUUCAAGGUAACUUUUUUAUAUAUUUUAAAAAUCAUGGAAAAUUGAUAUUUUUUGUGCUCAUAUUCAGGUGAUGAUGCAGCCACAAUUAGGCUUUUUUUGGUGGUAGUGGUGGGGAUUUGAAAAUAUCUAGGUGGCACAUUGGAUAAAGCACCAGUCUUGAAGUCAGGAGGACCCGAGUUCAAAAUCUGGUUCUCAGACACUUAACAUUUCCUAGCUCUGUGACUUCAGGCAAGUCACUUAACCCUAAUUGCCUCAGCAAAAAAAAAGAAAAAAGAAAAUACAAACCUUAAAGAUUUUAACUCUUUAGCCUUUGGGGCAAAUAUUUAAAAUAUAUAAAUCAUUUUGCUUUCUUAAUGUAACUGAAUUGAACAUUGUAUUUUAUGACACAACAUAUUUGAGGUUGUUAAUAAUGAUUUCUUAUUUGGUAUGUAUUUUCACAUAUCAACAGACAUCCAGGCAGUAUGUAGCAUCAUACAGUAAAUAGGUCUUGGGUAGCUUUCCUACAACCUGCCUUCAUCACUUGUUUAAAUAUCCAUGAGUGAAAAUGUUGCACAAGGAAGUUGGCAAAUUUACUUGUUCUGGCUCAUCCUCAUGCCCAGUAGCACAAAUGACAAGUCCCAUGUACUCGGUAUUCAUUUUCCAUAGGCUGCCAACUGCUCUUUCCCCAAAGUAGAGGCUCUGAUAGCAAUUUUAAAAGAAACCUUCUUGAUAAAGAAUAUUAUUUUGACAUGAGCCUGUAUCAUGUCAGAAUGAUUCUUUAUGUAUGUGGGUAGUUGGGAGUUAAGGCCUUUAAGUCAAAUGUUUGUAACAGCCUUACUUUGACUUAGCAGAUCAGAGACUCAGGGAAGUACUAAAUGAAAAUCUAAUUUGACAUUCA